AUGGAGUUGAUCUCACACCAAAACCCUAAUACCUCCACAGUACAAUUAACACCACCUUCCUCAAGCCGGUACGAGAACCAAAAACGCCGUGACUGGAACACCUUCUGCCAAUACCUCCGUAACCACCGUCCUCCCCUCUCUCUCCCCUCGUGCAGCGGCGCACACGUGCUCGAGUUCCUCCGCUACCUCGACCAGUUCGGGAAAACAAAGAUUCACCACCAAAACUGCCCCUUCUUCGGCCUCCCACACCCUCCAGCGCCUUGCCCUUGCCCUCUCAGACAAGCCUGGGGCUCACUUGACGCCCUCAUAGGCCGCCUCCGUGCGGCCUACGAGGAGAACGGUGGCCCUCCUGAGGCUAACCCCUUUGGCUCACGCGCCGUCAGGUUGUACCUCCGUGAAGUCAGAGACUUCCAGUCCAAAGCUCGUGGUGUUAGCUAUGAUAAGAAGAGGAAGAGAGUCAACAGGCAGAAAACGCUAAUGCAAACGCAAACGCAGCCGCCUCUACAGUUGCAGCAACAGCAGACACAACAUGGUCAGUCUAUGAUGGCUAAUUACUCGGGUGCAACAGUAUGA